AAAUUCCUUCGAGUCCGCUGAAGCCAGUUUAUUUGCAUAAAAGGAAAUCAGCGCGUGUAUAUCGAUCCGUCAACCAGAAAAAUGGACAGAGGCACGUCUUCCAAAAUGCUGCGAAAACUAGUACUAGCUGUUCUCCUCGUUGCAGUCGCCGGACAAGUCCGCUGCGCUGAGGUUCCAGAGGACGCAGCAUCCAAUGGACCCGAGGGACGCAUCAUUGGUGGCAGCCAAGCUGGUGUCAUCCCCUACCAACUCAGUCUGCGCAGAAACAACAGUCACAAAUGCGGAGCUGUGAUCAUCGCCUCCUACUGGGCGAUUACGACCGGCCACUGUGUGGAGAAAGAGGCAAUAUCAGGCUUAUCUCUUCUAGCUGGUACCAACAAUCGCCUCUAUGGAGGCGCGACCCAUCGCAUCAAUCAGAUUGUGGUCCAUCCCAAAUUCAACCCAGCUACCCACGACAACGACGUCGCUCUACUCCGAGUCAGCACUCCAUUCGUCUUCAACAACAAGGUUGCUCCCAUCAUCCUGGCCUUCAGUGGUGAUGACGCUUCCCCAUACACCAUAGCAACCAUUUCCGGAUGGGGCACUGUCUCUGCGAACACCUAUGAGUUCCCAACGUUCCUCCAAUCCACCAACAUCCCCAUUGUCGACCAGGUCAAGUGUAAUCAACUGCACAGAGGAAGAAUCACAGAAAACAUGUUGUGUGCUGGACCCCUUUCUGGUGGAAAGGACGCCUGCAAUGGAGAUGCCGGAGGUCCUCUGGUGGUUAAGAAUUUCCUGCAUGGACUCGUGUCCUGGGGAGCUGGAUGCGGCGAGAAGAACUUGCCUGGCGUCUACACCAGGAUCACUGCUGUCAGACACUGGAUCGCCUCCGUCACUGGAAUCUAAAUUUUCUUCGAAGACCUUAAUUUCAUCGAUUUACUUUUAACUAUUGACAAUUUCUACAUGCACGUGUGAUAGGUUACCUUUGGAAAUAUCUGUUUGAGUUGAAUGCUUUUGGAAACGAAAAUAAAGGGCACGCUGGAACCUUUGAAA